AAUUCGUUUUGAUUCGGGUCAUACUGCACCAAGACUCUGGUUUUCUGAAACUACAAUGGCUAAGUUCACCGUUUCCAGCUGCAGUUUCCCCUUCAUUUUGCUCCUCUUCCCCUUCUACUCCCUAACCCUAACCCUAAUUGCAAAACCCAUUUCUUCUUCUUCGCUCCAAGCCCUUAACACCACCAUCCCCCAAAAUUUCGAUUCCGAAAUUGCCCUCUUCGGCGACGCCGCGGACGGCGGCUCUUACGUGAACCUCACGGGCGGAUCGGCCUCAAGCUCCGGUCUUCUCCUCCGCCGAAAGCCCUUUAAAGUCGCGGACGCGAAUCUCAGCAAUCCGGCGUCUUUUUCGUCCGAAUUGAUCUUCUCGAUCACGCCCGGCAACGGCGAUGGUAUUGUGGUCGUUUUUGUUCCCGGCGAUUUGGGCUCGAGGUUCUCCGGUAAGGGCCCGUUUGGGCUUGGCGGUGAGAAUCGAUUUCUGGGUAUUGAAUUUGAUACUGAAAUGAAUGAAAAUGUGAAUGAUGUUAAUGCGAAUCAUAUAGGGGUGAAUGUGGGUAGCUUUGUAUCUCUGACUGUUGGGAAUGUUACUGCAUUGAAUUUGGUGCUUAAUAGUGGACAAAAGAUGAAAUCUUGGAUUGAUUAUGAUGCUAGUUCGAAAAGAUUAGAGAUAAGGUUGAGUAAGUUGGGUGAACCAAGGCCUUAUAAUCCGAUUGUUGCGCAUGGCAUAGAUUUGUUGGCAAUGUGGAAAGAUAAGGAUGUGUAUGUAGGGAUAAGCUCGUCGAAUUCAAAUGGCAGUUCCUCGCAGAUUAGUAGUGUGUAUUCUUGGAGUUUUAGGAUGAGAAAGGUUCCGAGGAUGCAUUCGCAUCCGGUGAAUCCGAGGGGUUAUUUGGAUGAUCAGCAUGGUGGAAAUCCGGGUCUGGAUAACAGGAUGGCUUGUCCAUUGUCAAUUCUUGCUGGGAUUAUAUUCAUGACUGGGUGUGGAGCUCUGGUUUCAUUUGUCAUGCUGUUUUUGUGGGCUAUAAUUGUUAACAGGCACACGGUUUUCCCUGCUGAAGUGCUCCCAGAUGAGUUUCCGGUGAAGCCUAAUCCUACGGAUUUCAGGUAUGAGAAGAUCAGUGUAGUUGUAGAGGAAGAUGCAGAUGCAGAUGGUGUUAAGAAGUAGAACCUGAAAGGUGCAACCUUUUUGCUGUGAAUGUAUUGUUCUAUUGAUGUGAAGAACAGUUCUGAUGAAUUCUGUUGUUCUUUUUGUGAAUUCUAGUAGGCAACUUUGAUGCAGUUAGCUCUGUAUUUGUGCAAUUUCUCAAGUAUGAAAAAGUGUACCCACUUCCUAGCUGUAUCAGUUCGAAAGGCUCUUGUUUAUAUAUUAGAUUCCUUUGAUUGCCCUCUAAUAAAAAGUUGCCAGUUUUUGUAGAACCUCAUUCAUUCAAUGGGGAACAGAACAAGAAUUAUGAAAUGGUAGACUGUUAUUGGUUCAAACAUA